AUGCCUGGAAUGGUGAUGUUUGGGAGACGCUGGGCUAUCGCUAGUGAUGACUUUGUUUUUCCGGGAGCCUUUGAACUUUUCAUCAGAAUGAUCUGGUGGAUUGGAAUUCUUGUUUUGUACUCCAUUCACAAAGGGAAAUUUAACUGUACUGGAGGGGGAUUAUUGCACAGCUACCUGCUUGUCCUCCUCAUUCUCCUGGCUGCCAUAAUAUGCGCUGUAUCUGCUAUUGUGUAUAUCAGUAUGCAAGGAACAAUUUCUAACCCUGGGCCAAGGAAAUCUCUUCCUAAAUUGCUUUAUACUCGGCUAGGUCUUUAUAUCCCAGAAUUGGUCUGGGCAGUUGUGGGAGCUAUAUGGGUGUCGGACACCGAUGUACGUUGUGAAAGGACUGUGGUAAAUGUCGUAUUUGGGACAGUUAUUGCAAGCUGGGUUAUCAUCAUCUUUACCAUCGUUGCAGUUGUAAUUGUCUUUGAUCCACUUGGGGGGAAAAAGACACUGUACCUGGCUGAUGAUAUAAAUCGCAACUUGGAAAGCAGUCAAUCAGGUCAAUUGUUUUAUAAUGUCAAGAAGACCGCAACCAGAGUGUGGGAGACGAGAAUCAGGUUACUGUGUUGUUGUAUUAUGCAAGAUGAUGAUCACCGAGUGGCUUUUACAAGUAUUGCAGAGCUUUUCCGCACCUACUUCUCAGACACUGAUCUCGUGCCUAGUGACAUAGCAGCAGGCUUGACCCUGCUCCAUCAAGAGCAAGAUAAAGUGGAAAACUGCCCAAAAGAGCCUGAAGAAGUCCUGUGUCAUUCCCACCUAUCCCAUGUGACUGAUGAUUUGGAUAUUGAAUUAGAAAACGCUGCUCACUACAUGCAGUUUGCUGCAGCUGCUUAUGGAUGGCCUUACUACAUAUACACUAACCCAUUUACUGCACUCUGUAAGCUUAAUGGUGACUGUUGCAGAAACAGCCCCACAGAUUCUGAUAUAAUUGGCAGUGAUCGUCUUAACUUUCACUUUGGAUCCAUCCUAAAAAUAACAGGGCUGCAGUACAGAGAUUUCAUUCAUAUCAGCUUUCAUAACAAGAUUUUCGAGAUCCCAUUUUUUGUUGCUUUGGAUCACAAAAAGGAGGCUAUUGUGGUUGCAGUGAGAGGAACCUUGUCUUUUGAGGAUAUCCUUACUGAUCUGUCAGCAGAGUGUGAAGACCUGACGCUUGAAGACGUUCUGGAAAAUGGUUUUGUACAUAAGGGGAUAACUCAAGCAGCAAAUUACAUCUACAGAAGGCUAAUAAAUGAUGGCAUUUUAAACCAGGCUUUCACCAUUGCUCCUGAAUAUAAACUAGUUAUAGUUGGUCACAGUUUAGGUGGUGGAACAGCUUCCAUAUUGGCCAUCAUGCUCAGAAACUCCUUCCCAACAUUAAGAUGUUAUGCCUUUUCUCCUCCAGGAGGAUUGUUAAGCAAAUCACUUGCAGACUACUCUAAAUGCUUCAUUGUAUCAGUCAUUGUUGGAAAGGACCUUGUUGCAAGGUUAAGUAUGCCCAACAUGGAAGACCUGAAGAGAAGGAUAGUGAGAAUAGUUGCUAAUUGUAACAGGCCGAAGUACCAGAUCCUGCUGUAUGGGUGUUGGUAUGAAGUGUUUGGAGGAGAUCCAGAUAACUUUCCAACUGAGUUAGAUGGUAGAAGUCAAGAUGCCCUAACCCAGCCUCUUCUAGCUGAAGAGAGUUUAAUGAUGCAUCGGUCACCUUCUUACAAUGCCAUUGAGGAUGAAUCUCCUUUAGAUGCUCCACCUCAGUAUCCUCAUCUCUAUCUCCCAGGAAAAAUCAUCCAUAUUGUAGAAGAAACUAGCUCAAGAAGAUGGUGUUCUUCUGAUGUUACAUAUACUGCAAGAUGGUCAAAAGAAACAGCCUUUAGCAGUAUUUUAAUAAGUCCCAAGAUGAUAACGGAUCACAUGCCAGAUGUUGUGCUCAAAGCCCUGAACAACUUGACUGAGGAAAAAGCAUCUUGUAUUACCUGUCAAAUAGAAGGAGACUUUCACACCAACACAGUAUGACUAAGAGAACAGCCCUAUUUUUUUUCUUUAGGCUUCAAGUAUUCAGGAGCCUUUAACCUCAGACUUAAGUGGUGGUGUGGGGUUUUCUUGUUUGUUUUUAACAUGCCUAAAAUAGAAACUGUGGAGGGAUUGUCUUGGUGAUGGUCAUAAUGCAAAAUGCAUUUUACUCUGCAGAGGUUCUGCAAAAGUAAACAUUACUGGCUAACUGUAAUAAAAUGAAUGUAUUCAGGAUUUUGACAGAAGCAGAUAUGACCUUUCUGGAAAUGGAACAGUAAGAUGAGUCUUAGCCAGUUACAUGUAAAUUACUGUACAUUUCAUUUUACAGCUUGAAGGAUUCAGAUAAAUUGAGAACACAAUUCAUAGGGAGAUUGAGCUAGAGCAGAGGAACCAUGACACCUAAAUUGUAGCUCUGCCACAGACUUGCUAUGUUAUCUUGAGCAUGUCACUUAACUUCCAUUGUGCCUCAGUUUCAGAUGUGUAAAAUGAGGGUAUUACCCAUCUUUGUGAAGCAUUGAGAUUCUUGGGGGUAAAAGCACAGUAUUAAUAUUGAUUAGAAAUGGACACUGCCAGUAGGAAGUUUCAUUAAAGGAAAUUGGGUAGUAAAUGAUGGUGCAGUUGCAAAUCUACUGCAGAGAGAGAGGGUUUAAAUAAAAAAAAAAUGAAGUUUUCUAUUUUGUUUUUAAACAGCUAGUCUUGAUUGCACUAGUUACCAUGGAGAUAUUUUCAAAAUGUUUCAUUUAUUUCAUGAGGAUUUUCUAAUAUUGGAUCUCUUGUUUUUAAAAAUGCUGUUUAGAUACAUGUGCAAUAUUUUUUGUAUCUGUUUACAUUCUUCUUUGAGUGACUGCUCAUGUGUAUUCCACAGUAGGUGUGUAUGCUUGCUACAUGCACUGGUGCCAGAAGUUUUUCCCUCAGCAGUACCCGUAUGGGGGGAGCACUGCUGUGACCUCUGGAGUGGAGCCUCUAUAUCGCGCUAUAAGGGGAGCUGCGCACCCCCCCCCCCCACCCUCAGUUCCUUCUGGCUGCCAGUGAAGGUAGUCAGAACUGUGCUCCAGUUCUGCUGCAGCCUUUUCUUCUCAACCUUAGUGGUACCGUUCGUGGAUUGUUUCUUCAAUUGUUGGAGUGGGAUCCUUCUUGGUUGGGCAGGCUCCUUUACGCUUUCCUGCUGUUUCCCCUGAGCGACAAAGUCCUGCAAAAAAAAAAAAAGCAGACAAGGCGAGAGUCAUCCUCAAACCCAGGCGUGGGCCCUCCAGCACUGGUACAGGCCCCUCCUUCGCCUCUUAGUGGCACCCUUGAG